UAAUGAGGCUUCAGGGCCCUGCACUCACCCAACAAGGAAAGGGGGCAUGUGAGCCUUUUGUGGGGACAACAAAGGCCAAAGACCAGAUAUAAAAGCGCUGGAGUCCCAGGACAGCUUACACACACUCACAGGCACUCACACACCUGCUCACUCCUCCCAGCUCACCUCCAGCCGCUGCCUCACCAUGGCCACAUCUGCCCUGUCCGUCUGCUCCAGCAACCUGAGCUAUGGCAACCGCACCUGCCUGCCCGGUCCCACUGAUUCUUGCACGGACUCCUCCUGGCAGGUGGACGACUGUCCAGAGAGCUGCUGUGAGCCCUCCUGCUGCACCUCCAGCUGCUGCCAGCCCUCCUGCUGUGUCCCCACCUGCUGUGUCCCCAGCUGCUGCCAACCCUCCUGCUGUGUCCCCAGCUGCUGUGUCCCCACCUGUUGUGUCCCCAACUGCUGCACCACGGCCUCCUAUCUUACCCUUGCUUGCACCCCAGUGAGCUGUCAGACGUCGUGUGGACCCAGCCCCUGCCAACCAACCUGCACCAGCUUCUGCACCAGCUCCUGCAUGCCCUCGUGCUGCCAGCAGUCUAGCUGCCAGCCCUCCUGCUGCACCUCCUCCCCCUGCCAGCACGCCUGCUGUGUGCCCGUCUGCUGCACACCUGUCUGCUGUAAGCCCAUGUGCUAUGUGCCCAUCUGCUCUGGGGCCUCCUCGUGCUGCCAGCCCACCUCCUGCACUUCAUCCUGCUGCAGACCCUCCUCCUGCGUGUCCGUCAUCUGCCGCCCCGUGUGCAGGCCUGCCUGCUGUGUGCCCGCCUCCUCCUGCUGUGGCCCCACCUCCUCCUGCCAGCCCAGCUGCUGCCGCCCGUCCUCCAGCAUGUCCCUGAUCUGCCGCCCCGUGUGCUCCCGCCCGGCCUGCUGUGUCCCCACCUCGGCCCAGGGGUCCUGCUGCUGAGCAAACUUGUCCCUCAGGCCCAGCCGGGCUCAGGUCUCACCCUGUGACUGUGGACCUCCCAGCCAUUCCUCAGUCUGGUCCUGACCUGUGCUAGAUGGCUGCCGCCACUCAGGAUGGAAUCCCUCAGUUUCCACUAACCUGACCUCUGCUCUCCGGACCCCUGGAUCUCACCGCUCCCUCGGCUUUUGCCUCCUACACGAUGCCCCCACCUGCCCCUGGACACCUGUCCUUCCCUCCUAGUUUCUCUGUUGGGUCACUUGACUUCUACUCUCAGCUUGUCAGCACCUCAUUGGGUAUCCCAAUAAACUCACCUCAGCACCUGAUGGCUUCCUUCAUCUGAUUCCAUGGGGAGGGGUGCGGACAUGUGGUUUUCACCAG